GCUGCCGUCUCCUCUUUUCCACUCCCACCCAACACCCCCACCCUGCUCGCCGCCCUCUCCGCCGCUCCCGCUCCCGAAACCCUAGCGGCGAGGAUGGGCCGCAAGCGCCGCCAGCCGUCACCGCCGCCGCCUCCGCCUCCGGAGGAGGAGUCUUCCGCCGAGGAGUCCAGCUCCGCCGAGGAGGAGGAGGAGGAGGAGGAGGAGGCGGCGGAGGCCACCCCCGCGACCCAAAAUUCCCCCAAGCCCCCUUCCGCCGCCGCGGACGACGACGCCGAGGCCGACGCCGAUUCGUCGGACGGAAGCGACGAGGAGUCCUCCGAGUCGGGCAAGAUCGACGCCGAGGCCUUCGAGCUGCGCCAGAUCGCCUCCUCCAACCCGCCGCCGGCUGCGGCUUCCAAGCCCGAAUCCGACGACCAGGAGCCCACUCCGCCGGGCAAGGACAAGAAGAAGGGCAAGGCCGGGGCGGAGAAGGUGGCGCCUGAGCCCUCUCCGUCCGGCAAGGCCAAGAAGAAGGCACUCUCCGAGCUCACUCCUUCCAGCGAGGGGAAGAAGAAGCACAAGGCCCAGCCGGAGAAGACUGCGCCGUGGAACAAGCUUGAGAAACCUGGACAGCCCAGGCGCUGGACAGUCGAGGACGAGCUCAAGAUCCUGGAGGCUCUUGUUCGCCACGUCAAGGCCAAUGGCACCCAGCCGGGCGCUGGUGAGCUUAUUGCCGUGGUUGGUGGCAGCCUCGAGAGGAAGAACUGCACCAAGACGGAAAUGUAUGAGAAGGUGCGGAACAUCAGGCAGCGGUAUGAGAAAGCGGUGAGCACAGGCGCUCUGCCAGAGAAAGAUGAUGACCUCCGCAAGUUCAAGCUCUCGGAGCAAGUCUGGGGAGCAAAUGCAAAGCAGGUGGCUGCAGCCACCAUGGCUCAAAAUGAGGCUGCUUCCUUAAAGAGCAAGAAGAAGGGGCAGACUAGCAAGGAGAAAACAGAGGGCCAUUCAAAGGGUGGUGCAGCAAAGGAGGCAACCGCUAGCGCCGAUGAAACAGAGGGCUAUUCAAAGGGUGCUACAGCAAAGCAGGCCACCGAAGAGAAGGUAGAAGAAGAUGGCAAGGGCAGGUCAUCAAAGAAGGCCAGCACUGCUGAUACUCCUGCUAAGAGUAGAAAGCGGGGAAACCACAAUGAGGAAUUGGAAGGCGAUGCAAAAACUGCCACUACAAAGGAGACCGUGGAUACUACCACUCAAAAUGGUGGCACUUUGGUGAGGAGCAAGAGUGGAAAGUCUGACAAAGAGAAAGCGGAUGGAGAUGCUGAGAGCCCCACACCAACGGAGGAUAUGGCUGACGCUCAAAAUGGUGGCACCCUUGCUCUGUAUAAGACGGAAGGGGAAGCUCAUGAAGAGAAAAUGGACACAGAUGCUAAUGUGAAAGGCACGCGCAAAGGGUUUGAGGAAUUGCAGAAAUUGUACCCCAACCUUACCUCUUAUGUGGAGGACAUCCAGGCCCAGCAUCCAUGUGGGGAGACACUGAAGAGAGCAUUUGAGUUCAUUCCUGAUGAGAAGGCAUGUACUUUGGAAUCCAAGAUCAAGAAGCAAAGAGUAGCUGAGUUGAGGAUGGAGAUGCGCCGAUCUGACACAAAGAAGGAGGUGACCAACAUAUUCAUAGGAUUGCUGGACUAAACCCUUCUGUUGUUGUCAACCCAUUUAUGUGAUUGCUGGGUAAGAAGACUGACUGAAGUAGCAAAAGGUUGAUUGGACGUGGAACCGAUGGAUGAGCACGAGACAUGGUGACGAGCUACUAUUGUCGCUGGCUGUUGUCUUGUUAAUGGUGGUUGGUGGUGAGCUGACUCAUGCUGUCUUAUGGCAGUACCUAUGUUGGUGUCAUGUCUAGGAAAUGGUGGCGUCCUAAUGCUGUCUAUGACUUGGAAUUCCGUUUCUUCUGUUCGAUGAGUUAGGUCUUAUUGGCUGUGUAAUGUUGCUUCUGAAUUCAGUGGUGGUGGAGGCCGGAGGCGGAUGGUCAGGCGUAUUGGCUUUGUGUUGAGGCUGCUGGAUUAAGAGCCUUCUUUUUUACUCCCUCUGUAAUCUAAUAUAAAGGCGUCUAGAAUACUAAAGUAGUGAUCUAAAGGCUCUUAUAUUAGUUUACAGAGGGAGUAGCUCUAAGCGCUGUUUUGGAGCUGUCAUGUUUGGACUUGGAUGUA